CUCUUCCUACUUCAAAUCGGAAGACAAGUGAAGGAUCUAAAUCAGCCAACAUGGAGACCGAAAACCCGAUCGCGGAUGAGAACUCAGCAACAAUGGCGGAAGUGCUGCCAUUGGCCUCCGUUUCUCAACAACCAUACGUCUCCGAACUCCUUUCCUUCACUCUCGAUCGUCUACACAAGGAACCAGAGCUUCUCCGCGUCGAUGCCGAGAGAAUUCGGAGGCAGAUGCAGGAGGUUGCUGUUAAUAACUACCGUGCGUUCAUUUCUGCCGCUGAUGCUUUGGUUUCGAUCCGCCAUGAAGUCUCAUCCAUCGAUAAACACCUCGAAUCAUUGAUUGCAGAGGUCCCCAAGCUAACAUCUGGCUGCUCUGAGUUCAUAGAAUCUGCCGAAAAGAUUUUGGAGAAAAGAAAGAUGAACCAGACGCUGCUGGCAAAUCAUAGUACUUUGCUUGACUUACUUGAAAUUCCUCAGCUUAUGGACACGUGCGUGAGGAACGGAAAUUAUGAUGAAGCUCUAGACUUGGAAGCAUUUGUCAGCAAACUGUCGACAAUGCACCCUAAAUUACCAGUCAUUCAAGGACUCGCUGCAGACGUUCGACAAACCACCCAGUCUCUGCUCUCACAGCUUCUCCAAAAACUAAGAUCAAAUAUUCAGUUACCAGAAUGUCUUCGCAUUAUUGGGUAUCUACGACGGAUAGGAGUAUAUAGUGAGUACGAAAUGCGCCUACAGUUCCUAAGAUGCAGAGAGUCAUGGUUGUCUGGCAUUCUUGAUGAACUAGAUCAGAGAAAUGCUUAUGAAUACCUAAAAGGGAUGGUAAACUGUCAUAGGAUGCAUCUUUUUGAUGUUGUUAACCAAUAUCGUGCCAUAUUUGCUGAUGAUACAUCAGGAAGUGAAGAGAACUAUGAUGGCGGACUUCUAUUCAGCUGGGCCAUGCAUCAGAUUGCUGCUCACCUUAAAACUCUAAAGAUCAUGCUCCCAAAAAUAACUGAAGGCGGGUCAUUGUCCAAUAUACUGGACCAGUGCAUGUAUUGUGCCAUGGGGCUUGGAUGGGUUGGAUUGGAUUUUCGGGGCUUGCUUCCACCUCUUUUUGAAGAGGCUGUCUUAAACCUAUUUUCAAAAAAUAUGAGUACAGCAGCGGAGAAUUUUCAGUUGGUUUUGGAUUCUCAUCGAUGGGUCCCAUUACCAGCUGUUGGCUUCUCAUCCAAUAGUUUUGGCGAAGAGAGUCAGGAAGAUAUUACGCCGCCUCCAAGUUUAAUGGAGCAUCCACCUCUUGCUGUUUUUGUUAACGGUGUAUCUGCUGCAUUGAAUGAGCUACGGCCCUGUGCCCCAAUAAGUUUUAAGCAUAUUCUUGCCCAAGAGUUGGUGAAGGGACUGCGCACUGUUUCUGAUUCUUUAUUGCGAUACAAUACCACCAGGGUGCUUAGGGAAAACGAGUCUGCCCUUUUCCUGUCAUUAUGCCGAGCAUUCAUAGAGGUCGCAUAUCCACAUUGUGCUACAUGCUUUGGACGUUGUUACCCUGGAGGAUCUUCCCUCAUCAUAGAUAGCAAGCAUUUGUUCGAGGGAAUCACUCGCCUGUUGACUACAUCUUCCUCGAGACAAUUACCAAAGAGAGUCCAAAAUACGGAGUCCAAAAAUGUAUCAGAAAACGGUAAUCCACCUGCAGUUGAAAACGGAGAUGUCAAAGGAACAGAGAAUCGUAAUGUGGUUGAGGAAGACGACCCAAUUUCACAAACUCAGGAAAAACAAGAUGAAGAAUAAACACAAAUGCCCUUCGGUUGUUGCUGUUGUUCAUAAACGAAAGUUUCAGGCAUCACGAAUGCAAGUGAAAAUGGGUAUGGUAGUUUCUCUUUGUUUUUCCUUUCUUUCAUGAGUUUAUUCAAUUUCUUUUGUAUAUGUAUGAAUUAUGAAUUUGGUAGUAGUUUAUUGGUGUUUCUGUUGGUAUUGUUGUUUUCCAUAUCAGAAUGUAAAUCAGACUGUUUGGUACCCUUUCUGACCAAAAGAAUUUCACUUCUGGUUUUUGAGAAUCAAA